GGGUGGCGGAACGUUCCGCGUGUGGAUCGGUCGGCGGAGCUCGCUGAGUGGACGGCUCGUUCUGUGUGACACCGGAAGCGGCCGCUGGAAGACGCAAGUCCCGUUCAGACGAGAUGGCAGAUAUCCUUUUGGAUGAAGAUGAAGAAGACUGUCCCAAGCUGGUUCCAAUUGAAGUGUAUCCUAAGACAGAAAGUGCUCGUAUCCCAGUAACGAUCAUAACUGGAUAUUUAGGUGCUGGUAAAACAACACUUCUGAAUUACAUCCUGACAGAGCAGCACAACAAGAGAAUAGCAGUAAUCCUUAAUGAAUUUGGUGAAGGGAGUGUACUGGAGAAAUCAUUGGCGGUGAGCCAAGCUGGAGAGCUUUAUGAGGAAUGGUUGGAGCUACGAAAUGGGUGCCUGUGCUGCUCUGUGAAGGACAAUGGUUUGAAGGCCAUCGAGAACCUUAUGCAGAAGAAGGGCAAGUUUGACUACAUUCUGCUAGAAACCACUGGUUUAGCUGACCCAGGUGCUGUUUCAGCCAUGUUUUGGGUCGAUGCAGAAUUGGGAAGUGAUGUUUACCUUGAUGGUAUUAUUUCUGUUGUUGAUGCAAAGUAUGGAAUGCAGCAUCUGAUGGAAGAGAAACCUGGAGGCCUGAUUAAUGAAGCAGCCAGGCAGGUUGCCCUUGGUGACCUUAUUAUCAUUAAUAAAACUGACCUGGUUCAACAUGAGGAGCUGGUUAACCUGAAAACAGCUGUAAGGUCAAUCAAUGGACUUGCUAAAUUAAUUGAAACACAAAGAUCAAGAGUUGAACUUGCAGAGGUUCUUGAUUUGCAUGCUUUUGACAGCCAAGCUAGUGAAAGAUUGCAAGAAAGAUUACGUCUUGUACAGAUGGCAGAACCUCACCUUGAUAAGAGUAUCAUUACAGUUACAUUUGAAAUUCCUGGCACCAUUUUUGAAGAGAACUUAAACAUAUACCUUCAGAAUCUGUUGUGGGAAAAGCAGUUGAAGAAUAAAUCAGGCUAUACAAUGGAAAUAAUACGAUUGAAGGGUAUUGUGUCGAUACAGGAAAAGCCACAGCAGAUGAUUGUCCAAGGUGUAUAUGAGCUUUACGAGAUAGAAGAAACUUCUGUUAACUGGAGUUCAGACAGUGAAAGAAUCAACAGAUUUGUGUUUAUAGGAAGAAACUUGGAUAAAGAAGUUCUUGAGGAAGCGUAUAUUGCAACUGUAUUGAAGCAAGGAGUGCCCAGCUGAACCUUUAACAGAAAGAUUAAGGACAUGAUGUAAUUUAACUGAAGAUCAUUGUUUUCUUAGUGGAGAUAAAAUUUUAUAUCCUUUCUCUCCUUGUUCUUGGUUUAUUUGAGCCAGUCCUCCAGGUGUUGAGAGGAAACUGUGUUGAGUUCUGAGUUAAUAUUAACUCCUGCAAUAGAGAUGUGUUACACAUGACUAACUCAUUUCUACAGCAUCCCUAUCACAAAAGAGAGAACUUGUUCUCCUUUAUUAUGGUCUCCUUGGAAAGUGAUGGGAGUUAGCAAAGAAAGAAAUGAAUGCCAGUAUUAUAAAGAUGCUUGAUGAAGGCCUUUCACCAUCCAGUUCAGUUAUUAAUAUUGCAUUCUUACAGCAUUUAUUCCUUGACCAUGUUUCAUGACUGUUGUGAAUUUUUGUAGAGAGUAGUUAGUAAUGGGGAUUGGAACAUACAUAUUUUUGCAUCAAAUACUCAGACCUAGGUCAGGUGUAGCAUAUACAGAGUACAGCACAAUGACUGAUAUUUUUUCACUAAUAAACCUGGAGAUAUUUGGUCCAAACACAACAUCACAGAGGAGUCUAAUGAGCUAGAAUCCAGCCUCCUGUUCCAAAUCCUCAGCAGCGCAUACUGAUGCUCAGUGUUGUGCCCUGUAUUGUGCUAUUGAGGGAUCUUUCCAUUUGUGUCAUUACCCAUCCUGUAGGCUUCUCCUGAAAUUGCACGUAUAAUGUUUAAUCUAUGCAGUAAUCCCAGGUAACAAAAAGGUAUUUACUUAAUUGCCUAAGUUCAGUUCGUGGCUGCUUUGAUUUUCAUUCCUUCCAAUAAAAGGGCAGCAGCUUGCAGUCCAUUUCCUCUGUCAGUCUUUCAAGUUGUUUCCAGAUGUAGCCAAUCUUCUAGGUCCUUCCUCUCCCAGAGAUGACGUCUUUGGAGCUUCUGUUGUCGUUUCUGUAGCACUGAGUCUUUACGGGAUGGGGUUUAUAUCCCUGUACCCAAACCUUCUCCUUUCACAGCUGGGCUUGGUACCAUUCAUGGCGGAGAUUUGCAAGUUCAUGAACAAUGAUUUUCUACAAAUUCAUUUUUUUAGGUUUUACAUUAGUCCCUUGUCAAAUUGGGAGGAUGAAAGUGAAAGAAUUAGAACCGACUGUGCUAGUUACAGGUGUCCGAUAUCAUUACAGACAAAUACACCGUUUGGUGCAAAACUGUUAUAUCCUAGGAACUCUGAAUUGUUGAUUGAAAGCAAAACAUCUGUGUCAUUUGUUGUGCUGCCUAAUCAUACUCUCCAUAAUGUUUGAUUUUACCUGCUUUAAAAUAAAAAUAAAGGACAUUAAAAGCCAAAAGCAGUUAUUUUUUCUCUUGAACCAUGAACUCAAUUUACUGUUCUUCUCCUUCAUUGCAGGAACUACAUCAUUCAGAAUGCUAUCUUUAGUAGGAAAGCUAGAAAGAAUUGCAUGAAUAUUAUAUGCAAUCAAAAGACUUAACACACUAGUUUUCAAAAGUACGUUUGUAUGUCAAAAACGAUCAUCAAUUCUCACAUCUAUUCAUACUGUAUUUAGAACUGGAAUAAAGUACCAUAUUAUUGAAAACAAAACUAAAAAAAUCAAUAUUGAUUGUUUCUGAGACUAAAAUGGGAAGUAGAGAUAUAUUAAAAUUGGCUUGGAAGAAGCUGAGAAUUUUGAAGUCAACUAUAUUAAUGUUUUCUGUUAUCCAACAGGAAAUAGUAUCAUCUUUUGAAGACUAAACCUGUAGCUAACUUUAAAGAUGAAUUGUAGUAUU